AUUCUGAAAAUAUAAUAACAUGCCGUUUUCGAGUGGAUCGCGUCCGGUUCGCAAACAUAAACCGCAAGCAGGACAAAUAACCUGAGUUUCACUGUAGGCAACACGGCAAGGUUGAAGCACGGCUUCGCUUGAUCUCUCUGCUCGGCCACCUCCAUUCGAUCCUUUCAAAUUUUGUCGCAUACUCCGAGUAUGUAAGCACCAGAAAGGAAGUUACUUUGUGCACUGUCACAUCGUCCGUGUUCGUCAUAUGGGUGUGAAUGCCGCCUCGAUACUUAACCAUCUUCUCGGCCACAUCCGCCACCCCAAGUCGCCUUCAACCGAACCCAGCACCGCCAAGGCUCUGACCAAGACCAUCCUCGCUCACCUCGACGAGGGUCGCCUCCAGCAAGCCGUCUCCGUUCUCUUCACUUCCCCUGAACCCGUCGCCCACUCUCUGUACGCCCGCCUCUUCCAGCUCUGCUCCUCCGCCAGCGCCAUCGUCCAGGCCCGGAAGGUGGAGUCCCACCUGGUCACCCUCAACGCGACACCGCCGCCCUUCCUGCUGAACCGGGCCAUCGAGGCUUAUGGGAAAUGCCGUUGCUUGACGGACGCCCGCGAGCUGUUCGACCAAAUGCCCGAGAGAGAUGGCGGGUCCUGGAACGCGAUGAUUGCUGCGUAUGUGCAGAACGGGCGCGCUGAUAAGGCUCUGAGCUUGUUUUCGGACAUGAACGCAUCCAGGGUUUCUGCUAGCGAGGUCACUUUUGCCAGUGUGCUUGGCUCCUGCGGUGUCAUUCGGGCGCUUGGUCUGUCCAUGCAAAUUCACGGACUCAUGGUGAAGCGUGCGUUUUGUGGUAAUGUAAUUUUGGGGAGCUCGCUUGUCGAUGUGUACGGGAAGUGUGGUGUUAUGGGUGACUCGAGGAGGAUGUUUGAUGAGAUGGAAAGACCAAAUGCGGUUUCUUGGAAUGUGAUUGUGAGGCGGUAUCUUGAGAUGGAUGAUGAGAGGGAGGCGAUUGUUAUGUUCUUCAAAAUGUUUCUGACUGAUACUAGACCGCUGAAGUUUACCUUCUCAAACGCUCUCAGUGCUUGUUCUAAGAUAUGUGCCCUUGUUGAGGGGAUGCAAAUACAUGGGAUCACAAUUAAGGUAUGUCUGGAAGAUGAUGAAGUGGUUUCCAGUUCACUCAUUGAUAUGUACGUUAAGUGCGUUGAAUUAGAAUCUGCACGGAAGAUAUUUGAUCAACCUUGUGCGAAGAACGUAGUUUCCUGGACUUCAAUGGUGUCUGGUUAUGCUUUGGGUGGGAGAACUGGAAAGGCUAGGGAGCUCUUCAAUGAGAUGCCGGAACGGAAUGUGAUUUCCUGGAAUGCAAUGUUGGCAGGGUACAUUCGCUCCAGGCAGUGGGAUGAGGCCUUGAAUUUCAUGUCUCUAAUGCGCAGUUCAACCAAGGACAUUGACCAUGUCACUCUUGCGCUGAUCUCAAACUUGUGUACUGGCCUUUCAGAUGUUUUCAUGGGGAAGCAAGUGCAUGGGUUUGUUUAUCGAUGUGGUCUCUUUUCCCAUUUACUUGUGUGCAAUUCUAUUCUGGAUAUGUAUGGAAAAUGCGGGAACUUCAGAUAUGCUCGAGCUUGUUUUUACCUGAUGAGUCAGUGGCGUGACAAAGUUUCCUGGAAUUCUUUGCUGACCAGUUAUGCUCAUCAUCAAAGGAGUGAACAUGCAAUGGAAAUGUUCUGUGAGAUGCAAUGGGAGACAAUGCCCAGUGUCUUCACCUUUGGAACUCUUCUCGCAGCUUGUGCUAAUAUUAGUGCUCUUGAUCGUGGGAAGCAAAUUCACGGAUUCAUGAUUAGGAAAGGAUACGAGAUUGAUAUUGUCGUUAGAGGAGCUCUGAUUGACAUGUACUCCAAAUGCCGCUGCAUCAAGUAUGCCCUAAAAGUUUUUAUGGAAGCAGCGCCACGAGAUGUGGUUCUUUGGAAUUCCAUAAUUCUGGGCUGUUGCCACAAUGGGUUGGGCAAAGACGCUCUAGAAUUGUUUGACGUGAUGAGCAAGGAAGGUAUUAAACCAGACCACGGCACUUUUCAGGGGCUCUUGCGGGCCUGUAUCUGUGAGGAUCUUGUUGACUUGGGAGGACAGAUUUUCAAAUCUAUGACUGUUUAUAGCGUUAUCCCUAGGCUAGAGCAUUAUGAGCAAAUGAUCGAACUCUACAGCCGUGCCGGACAGAUGCGUGAGCUUAAAAAGUUUGUUAAGACAAUGCCAUUUGAGCCGACGGUUUCGAUGCUUAAGAGAAUACGUGGUGCUUGUGAAAAACAUGGGUUCCCCAAAUUGGGAGAGUGGGCUUCUAAGCUGCUUGCAGAGUCAAAUAUUUCAGAUCCAUGUGAAAAAUGAAGUUGCAGGCAUACCCAGAUGGCAAAGUAGUUAACUACAGAUCCGUCAGUCGGAUUAGGAAACAGUUUCUGGGAUGGGACUCGAGCUUCGAAACUCCAUCUUUUGUAAGUUAAGACCCCCCAGUUUUCUGACCAGGAAAGCAUAUUGAUGCACACUCGGACAAUGUCUUUGAUUGUCACCCAAAAAAAAGAAGCAACUGGCGAAACUUCUCCGCAAACAGUCGGAAUUUUCGGGGAGCAUAUUGCCUCGACAUGCAGUCCAAUGAGUUAUGUGCUUACGAGGACCGGUCAAAGGGUCUAGAUUUUCCUCUCCAAAAAUCUUUGACCGAAUUAUAUUUAGAUCCAUGAAUUGAUCUCUGAAGCUUCUAAGAGAAGGAGAAACUGAAGCGGAAUUCCUGUUGUGUGACAGGAGCCAUGGUCAUGGAGCCCAACCAAAUGAUUGUGAAGCAAGCGAAGGCAAGUGAUUAUCAUAUCUGACUCCGAGGAGUGCCUUCGAAGGGCCACCUCAUUCUCAUCCCCGCCAAAAACUUGUUGGCGAGUCUUUCAGCUCAAGCGAUGUCUCCAAGUUCAAA